CGAGGUUUCGGGCCUCCUCUAUCCGCAGGGCGACGGUGGUGGAGGGCGCCAUGAUGAACAGGUGCUAUUUGAAGGAGAACAGUUUUCGAGGAGCAACGAGGCUUCAGCGAGAUACCGAUUAAGACGGCCAGUGAGCCACGCACAGAGCUAGGAAUUGCGGGAUGAGGAAGAGGGGGUGAUGGAAUGGAGGGAAUGAGGUUGAUGGUUGGUUCUGGAUGACAGAGCAGGCAUCGUCACUGUUGGAGCUCGUCCGCCCAGCAGCUCUCUCGGCUGCCUCUCACCGCCCGCCCGCUUAGCGAAUCAAUCCGGCAUGAGCAGCGAAGAAAAAAAACGCAGGAAAUUUUACUGCCCGUCAACAACCAUUUUCUUUUCUCUAUAGCCACAGUGAGAGCAUCAUGAAAAUCAAAGCUCUUUCGCGCCCCACUGCCUCGCAGCAGGAUCCGGGAUCUGGUGUCGUUCGACAGCCCCGGAACCUUGACCCGGCCCAGCAUCCUUUCGAACGAGCUCGAGAAUAUACAAGGGCUCUCAAUGCGACCAAGAUGCAGCGUCUGUUCGCGGCUCCCUUUUUGGGACAAAUGGGUGACGGCCAUGUAGAUGGUGUUUAUACCAUGGCGAAAGACCCAGGCUCUCUCGAACGCUUCGCUAGUGGCAGCGGUGAUGGUAUGGUGAAGGUCUGGGAUUUGACCACUCAGGGAGAAGUUUGGAACACUCAGGCGCACGAGAACAUUGUCAAGGGCAUGUGCUGGACUCCCGAGCGAAAGUUGCUUUCGUGUGCCAGCGACAGAACCGUCAAACUCUUUGAUCCGUACAACACCUCGUCCGAUUCACCCCCGCUAGCGACCUACCUUGGCCAAGGUGCCUUUACUGGUGUCUCGCACCACCGCACUCUUCCAUCGUUUGCCGCAUCAUCCUCUCAGAUCUCAAUUUACGAUCUUUCGCGACCUUCCUCGACUCCUUCUCAGACUCUUCACUGGCCUACCAACGUUGACACGAUCACAUCAGUUGCCUUCAACCAAACAGAGACAUCGAUCCUCGCAUCCACUGCUCUUGACCGUUCCGUGAUUAUGUACGACCUGCGUACUUCCUCGCCGCUCGCCAAGGUCAUCUUGAAGCUAGCAUCGAACGCCAUUUCCUGGAAUCCCAUGGAAGCAUUCAACUUCGCUGUUGCCAACGAAGAUCACAACGCUUACAUCUUCGACAUGAGAAAGAUGGACCGUGCUUUGAACGUGCUCAAGGACCAUGUCUCGGCGGUUAUGGAUGUGGAGUUCAGCCCCACGGGUGAGGAGCUUGUGACAGCGUCUUAUGACCGUACAAUUCGCCUGUGGAACAGAAACCAUGGCCAUUCCCGGGAUAUCUACCACACACAGCGAAUGCAACGUGUCUUUUCCGCCAAAUUCACGCCCGACAACAAAUACGUCCUUUCUGGAUCAGACGAUGGCAACAUCAGACUUUGGCGUUCCAACGCGUCUGAUCGUAGUGGAAUCAAAAGUGCUCGCCAAAGGUCCAAGUUGGAAUACGACCAGGCUCUGAUCAAGAGAUACUCGCACAUGCCGGAGAUCCGAAGAAUCAAGCGUCAACGCCAUGUGCCGAAACCUAUUAAGAAGGCUGGUGAAAUUAAGAGGGAGGAAUUGGCUGCGAUUAAGAGACGUGAGGAGAAUGUUCGCAAGCAUCUCAAGAAGGGCGCUUUGCCCGCAAGACAGAGUGAGCGUGAGAAGAUGAUCUUGGCGAAGGAACAGUAA